AGUUUCCGCCAGCGCUUGUGCAGAGAACUGCAACAGUUCAAGAUGGUAAAUUACGGAAUUCAUGAUUCUGCUAAACUAUUCGCGUACGCUGCAUCACUGCUGCAAGAAAUGACGAUCGAGCUAAGCAACCCAAACCUUCAACUUCCGGAUGUUGAUCGAAUUAUUGGUGCCGUGAGUCAUGUCGUUCCUGUCUGGGAGGGACUGCUAACCGACAUCCAACGUGCCAGACGGAGCGAGGCACAGUUGGUACCGAGGCCGUUUGUAAUCAAGGUGGAACCAUGGGUAACGGAUUCUGUGUCCGUCCUGUUUAGCACCAUCAAGGUACAGCUCGAAGCUUACAAGCAGCUCAUUGACCAGCUUGAAGAAAUGCCUGGAAAGCCUUCGCUGGAGAAUCUGCUGACUGAGCUAGCAGAGCAGGGAAACGAAUCGCUUGAGAGAUUGCGAUCGUUCAUAUCUGUGGAAACUGCGGACUUGGUCGUUGGAGGGAUGGAGAUGCGAGAAGCAGGAGAAGGUCAGUCGAUGUCGGUUGAGAAGGAGGUCGCCAUGGGACAAGGUCUGGAAGUACCACCUACGGGUGAAGCUGCGACGACAACCACCCCUGCAGUGAUGAACUCGGAAGGUACUGCUCGCAGAGGUUCCGUGGCACGAGUCCUGUUGAAUGACGUUUUUAAUUUGCCGACUCCAAACAAGAAACAAUACCAGUAACUUUAGCGUUGAUUUAAGUUUAACCUCUGCCGGAAGUGCUACACAGCAAAGGUCAAAGUAUGCAAUAAAAGGUUUGCGGAACUGAAUUUCACGAACAGAACUGGAAGAGGAAGAGACGUUAGAGCAUGAAGAGAAAGAGUAUCGUAGAGAGCGAGUUAUAAGAGAAAGAGACAGCCAGAGCAAGAGAUAGAAAGAGAAAGAUAUAGACAGAGAGAAAGGGAGCAGGCGAUAGAUAGAGAGAAAUAAGAGAGAAAAAAUGAUCAAUUAGUGUAUAUCUUUAAAUCUUAAAAGGUAUUUACUCAAAUAAAAAUCUAAGACAG